AUGUCAGCGAGGGACCAGGCGCCGGCGCCCGAAAUGUCCGCGGCAACUCGGGACGUGCUGGGCAGGGUGCGGAGGAUGAUCCCGCCCAUGCUGGACAAGUUUCACAAGGGGCAGCUGGGCCGCAUCGCCGUCAUUGGCGGCAGCGAGGACUACACGGGGGCGCCGUACUUUUCGGCCAUGGCCAGCGCGAGGCUGGGAUGCGACAUGUCCCAUGUCAUUUGCACACCGCAAGCCGGCGCCGUCAUCAAGACCUACUCGCCCAACCUAAUGGACCCCAACCAUGACGGCGACGCAGAACACGACGCGGCCCGCAUCAUCGACAUGCUUCCGCGCCUGCACGUCCUCGUCGUCGGGCCCGGGCUGGGGCGCGACCCGCGCAUGCAGGCCACCGUCGCCCGGGUGGUGCGCGCCGCCCGCGACAGGGACAUGGCCGUCGUGCUCGACGCCGACGCGCUGCAGCUGGUGCAGCGGGACCCGGACCUGGUCAGGGGGUACGCCGGCGCCGUCCUGACGCCCAACGUCGUCGAGUUUGGCCGGCUCUGGGACUCGCUCAAGCUCGGACAGCAGCAGCAGCAGGACGGGGCCGCCGGCGAGACGGGCAAAGUCGAGGCCAUGGCCAAGGCACUGGGCGGCGUGACCAUUAUUCAAAAGGGCAAGGCUGACCUCAUCUCCAACGGCAAGUCCACCUUGACCGACGACCUCGAGGGGGGCAGGAAGAGGAGCGGCGGCCAGGGCGAUACCCUGACCGGGUCGGUAGCGACGUUUCUCGGCUGGCGAAAGGCCUACCUAGACGGCAUUUGGGACACUGGUGACGAUCGCCUAUCGGCCGACGAGAUGAUGGGACUCGCGGCUUUCGGGGGGAGCGCAAUCACGAGGGAAUCUUCUCGGCUGGCCUUUCUCAAGAGGGGUCGAAGUCUGCAGGCGAGUGACCUGACCGACGAGGUUCACAAUGCCUUCAUUGGUCUCUUUGGAGAAAUCGACGGCGACUCUGGCUCCUACAAGCUGUGA